AUGGAAAAGGAAGCGAGAAGAGCGGAGAGAAGAAGGGUUCAAAGGAAACGAAUGGCUCGGCUGAUUCGGUGUCGUUUAGGGUAUUGGCAUUGGUGGGUCCCUCCCUCCAUUUGCCUCCCCCAAUUCAUGUCACGCCCUCCCUCGUCGUCCUCCCCGUGGACGACAGCGAGUGGCACUCCUCCCCGCGUCGACGACCACAACCGCAACCGCAUCACCUCCCUCUUCAACUUCAACCGCCCCUGGAUCAAAACACUUAAACGCAGCAAUACGGUGAAUAAACUAUACAAAAAGUACCUUCAAACUUACAAACCCAAAUAA